CCUUAGUGUGGGAGAAGCUCUCCCACUAGGUACCUAAUACACAAUGUACAUGACAAACUGCGAUAUGCACCUCUUAAAAGCUCCAGCUGUCCUCUCACACACAAUAACCACGGAGCCAGCAGUACAGGGUAGCAGCGUGGUACGUAUGUGCAGUCUAUCUUCCUUUUCUUCAGGCCCUUCUUUUCUUCUUCUUACUUUUCCCUUGAGAUCCUGGUUAUGAAAUUCGUCCUUCCCGAACCUGUCUUUCUCGCUUCCUCUCCCUAAGCGCCAUAGAUGUUGACGACGUCUCCCAGUUGCAUUGUCCCAAGACAGCAACACCAAUGACGGCUGUCGCAACCAGUCUCGACGGCCUCGCGCCUGUCAGCAUGCUCAGCAGCGUCGGAAAGAGUCAGGAGAUCAAGACCUUGCUUCGGGUCAUCAUUCUCUGUCUCAUUGCUGCUGCCGCAGUUUCCAGCCGACUCUUCUCUGUUAUCCGCUUCGAAAGCAUCAUCCACGAGUUUGAUCCGUGGUUCAAUUUCCGGGCAACCAAAUAUCUCGUUGCCAAUGGAUUCUAUGACUUCUGGGACUGGUUUGACGAUCGGACAUGGCAUCCCCUCGGACGAGUUACCGGGGGCACCCUCUACCCCGGUUUGAUGGUUACUAGUGGUGUGAUCUACCACCUCUUGCGAGCCCUCACCGUUCCCGUCGAUAUCAGAAAUAUAUGCGUUCUUCUCGCGCCAGCCUUCUCUGGCCUGACUGCCAUCGCCACCUACCUCCUCACCAAUGAAAUGACCACCUCCCCGUCGGCCGGCCUCUUCUCUGCAGCCUUCAUGGGGAUUGCCCCGGGCUACAUCUCGAGAUCCGUUGCGGGCUCCUACGACAACGAGGCCAUUUCCAUAUUCCUCAUGGUUUUCACCUUCUAUCUCUGGAUCAAGGCCUUGAAGUUGGGAUCCGUACUAUGGGGAGCCCUCUGCGCGCUAUCCUACGGCUACAUGGUAGCUUCGUGGGGUGGAUAUGCCUUCAUUACGUGCUUGGUCCCCCUCCAUGUAUUCGUGCUCAUCUGCAUGGGGAGAUUCAGCUCGCGCCUCUACGUGUCGUACACUACUUGGUACGCCCUCGGUACCUUGGCCAGUAUGCAGAUCCCUUUCGUGGGAUUCCUGCCGAUUCGCACCAGCGAGCAUAUGCCAGCUAUGGGUAUUUUCGGAUUCAUUCAGAUUGUGGCCUUCCUUGAAUACGUCCGAUCCUCUGUCUCGGGUCGCCAAUUCCAGACAUUCCUCUACUUUAGCACGAGUGCUAUAUUCGUGCUUGGCUUGUUCUUGUUGGUUGUACUCACCUCCAAAGGCUAUGUCGCCCCCUGGUCCGGCCGAUUUUACUCGCUGUGGGAUACUGCAUACGCCAAGAUCCACAUCCCCAUCAUCGCAUCCGUAUCCGAGCAUCAGCCAACUGCCUGGCCGGCCUUCUUUUUCGACCUCAAUAUGCUGAUUUGGCUCUUCCCUGCCGGCGUAUAUCUUUGCUUCCAGAAACUAGAGGACGAACAUGUCUUCGUCAUCGUAUAUGCCUUGUUUGGAAGCUAUUUUGCUGGCGUCAUGGUGCGAUUGAUGUUGACCCUUACGCCAGUGGUGUGCGUCGCCGCUGCCAUAGCCGUUUCCCAAUUUUUCGACACGUAUCUGGUUGCCAAAUCGCCGGAACCUGCCGAGCCGAAGGAGGAAGAAGGCUCGGAGGCGACCAAGAAGGCGUCGAAACAUGGCGUCUCCCGAGCCACGGCCAAACCUGUUGGCAUUUAUAACAUUCUGUCCAAGGGCUUCAUGGCUGGAUGCAUGACCCUGUACUUGCUCGUCUUUGUGCAGCAUUGUACGUGGGUAACCUCGAAUGCUUACUCAUCUCCGUCUGUCGUUCUCGCCAGUAGGAUGCCCGAUGGUAGCCAGCAUAUCAUUGAUGACUACCGCGAAGCCUAUCAAUGGCUGCGACAGAAUACCAAGGAGGACGCUAAGAUCAUGUCUUGGUGGGACUACGGCUACCAAAUCGGAGGCAUGGCGGACCGUCCUACUCUUGUCGAUAACAAUACCUGGAACAACACCCACAUCGCCACCGUUGGCAAAGCCAUGAGUUCUAGAGAAGAAGUGAGCUACCCAAUCAUGCGACAACACGAAGUUGACUAUGUGCUCGUUGUCUUCGGCGGUCUGCUUGGCUAUUCGGGUGAUGACAUCAACAAGUUCCUCUGGAUGGUGAGAAUUGCCGAGGGUAUUUGGCCCGACGAGGUUAAGGAGCGUGACUUCUUCACGGCUCGCGGCGAAUAUAGGGUUGAUGGAGAAGCCUCCGAAACAAUGAAAAACAGCCUGAUGUACAAGAUGUCCUAUUACAAUUAUGCCUCCCUCUUCCCGCCUGGACAAGCUCAGGACCGUGUGCGAGGUUCUCGUCUUCCGGACCAAGGGCCAGUCCUUAACUCUCUAGAAGAGGCGUACACCAGUGAGAAUUGGAUCAUCAGGAUCUACAAGGUCAAGGAUCUCGAUAACGUGGGCAGAGACCACGCAUCAGCUGCCUCGUUCGACAGAGGACAUAAGAAAAAGAAGGCAGUGAAGAAGCGCGGCCCUAGAGUCUUGAGAGUAGACUAGGGAACUAGUGAAGGUCCGGGGAGAAAUGUCGAUUCGCUGCAUGAGACGACACAGGCGAUGGGUCUGGAAACCAGCCUGUUAGUUGGGCUGGAGAUAGAGUUGCCACGAAUAGUUGUAGAUGAUCGUGCACAGAUCUCCAUGCAGUAUAGCAUUGCGAAAAGGGGACCUAGAGAAACAAAACGAUCGGAGUCAGGUGCUAAUAGGUCAAAUAAUAAACAGCAAAAUGAAUUGAGGGCCAUGCCCUAUAAGAGCCGCCCAACGUGGUUCGGCUGUAGAGAGAGAGCUACCAAGUACUGUCCAUACUACCUAGGUUUUACUAUUAACUAGAGUUAGACAAAACGUUGAGAGAUCAUCCAUCUCAGAUUUGUGUCUAUUAAUAUUUGGUCCUUAAAGCCGCCUAAUCGAUC